AUGCUGCCGGCUCUGCCUGUCCUCAGCGACUACGAUGUCUCUCCCAAGAACGGUUUUUUGCCAUCCGAGGUCCCUCUCGAAGUCCUCCCAGAUCCCUACUACCAGCCUUGGGAAACAGUAGCCCGAAACUUCCAGAGUCUGAUUCUCAGCAAGCGAUUGCGCCAAAUCGUCGACGAAUUGCCCACUCUCUCCACCGACCUUCUCCUCACCGAAGCAGAAUGGAGACGCGCAUAUAGCGUUUUGGGGUUCAUAGCUCAUGCCUACGUAUGGGGUGGUGACACACCUUCCGAUAUCAUCCCACCGCCCAUAUCCAUACCGUUUCUCAAGACCUGCGAGCACCUUGAAUUGCCUACGGUAGCCGCCUAUGCCGGAGUCGUCCUAUGGAAUUGGCGACCCCUGUUCCAGGGCGAGCCGAUCGACUCGCUUGAGAACCUAUCCACGCUGAUGACGUUCACCGGGUCCAUGGACGAGUCUUGGUUCUACCUAGUGUCGACGGCCAUUGAGGCGCGAGCUGGCCCUGUGAUCCCCUUGAUGAUUGAGGCCAUGGCCGCCGUGAGACGCAAUGAUGCUGCGACCGUCACGAGGCACCUGCGGCUGUUCGCCGAGAGGCUCGACGAGCUCGGCGUCCUCCUCGAGAGAAUGUAUGAGAGCUGCGAUCCUCACGUGUUCUAUCAUCGCAUCCGACCUUUCCUUGCUGGUGGUAGGAACAUGCAAGAUGCUGGCCUCCCUAACGGCCUCAUAUUCGAUGACGGUACCGGCAACCAGCCUUACGUCCAGUACAGCGGAGGCAGCAACGCGCAGAGCUCCAUCAUCCAGUUCUUCGACCUCGUACUCGGUGUAGAGCACCGGCCUACCGGCGAGAAGCGUAACGACGGAUCGGAGUCGGAGAGCGGAAUGCCAUCAGCGCCCAUGCAUAGUUUCAUCCUGGAGAUGCGCAAGUACAUGCCGGGCCCGCAUCGACGGUUCCUCGAGCACGUCGAGAGCGUCGCCAACAUCCGCGAAUACGCCCAGAACAACCAACACAACCGUGCCCUCGUGACCGCGUUCGAUGCCGCCCUCGCCAUGCUGCGGGCACUCCGAGACAAACACAUCCAGAUGGUGUCCCGCUACAUCAUCAUCAAGUCCCGCGAGACGCGGUCCAACUCGCGGUCCCUGAGCCCCAAGCAAGCAGCAUCGACGCGGAGAGUCAACAUCGCGACGAACCUGCAGCGUGGGGACAGCAAGAAGCUGAGGGGUACGGGCGGAACCGCACUGAUUUCGUUCUUGAAGCAGGCCCGCGACGAGACGGGCGAGCCGACCAUCGACGCUUGGGCUCGUCGUCUGCUCAACAAUGGUCCUGCGUGGGAGGACGGCGUGGCGCGUCUCGGGAAGAUGAGUGAGCACCUUGAUGGAGAGGUCGAGAUUGUGGGGAUGGCGGGUGCGUGGUCGGUGGACGACAGCGAGGGAGGUAUCUGCCACUGGUAG